AUGGGGGCCGCCCUGCACUGCGCGCUGCUGCUCUGCCUGUGCACCGCCGCCGCCUGCAGCAGACCCCAGACCCUGCCCAGGACCCUGACGCACACCCGGCCCACUACCCCACAGAGCUGCCUCAGCAAACAGCAGCUCCUGGCUGCCAUCCGCCAAAUGCACCAGUUCCUGAAGGGCCAGGAGACCCGCUUCGCGGAGGGCAUUCGCAGCAUGAAGUCCCGGCUCACGACCCUGCAGAACUCCGUGAACAAAGCCAUCCCGGACCCCCCGACCGUCUCCUGCCCUGCCCUGGAAGCCCCGCUGGACGGCCGCAAGUUUGGGAGCAAAUAUUCCGUGGAUCACGAAGUCCAUUUCGCCUGCAAUCCCGGUUUCCAGCUGAUUGGCCCCAGCAGCCGGCUGUGUCAGCAAAAUGGCAGCUGGAGCGGGGAGGAGCCCCUCUGCCAAGAUAUCCGGGAAUGUGCCAGCCACCCCUGUCAGAAUGGCGGGACUUGCGUGGAGGGGGUGAACCAGUACUCUUGCACCUGUCCACAGGGCUGGACCGGGAAUCACUGCCAAGACCAAGCUCAAACAGCCACACCGGAAUGGGGCACGACCGACGACCCGGCCUUCAGCCGCAGGCCGCGCUGUGCCAAGGUGAACCAAGCCCAGCACUGCAGCUGCGAGGCGGGCUUCCACAUGAGCGGCCCGCCCGACAACAGCAUUUGCCAAGAUGUGAACGAGUGCGAGGUGUUCAAGCAGGAGGGGGCCUCCCGGCUCUGUAUGCACAGCUGCGUCAACACCCCCGGAUCCUACCGCUGCUCCUGCCCUAGCGGAUACCGGACCCUGGCCGACGGGAAGAGCUGUGAAGAUGUAGACGAGUGUGCGGGUUCCCAACAUGAUUGUGUCCGGGGUACCAUCUGUAUCAACACCGGAGGUGGCUUUCAGUGCGUCAGCCCCGAGUGUCCCAAGACCAACGGCAACGUCAGCUACGUGAAAACGUCCCCGUACCAGUGCGAGCGCAGCCCCUGCCCAAUGGACAGCAGACCGUGCCACCACGCCCCGAAGACCAUUUCCUUCCACUACCUCGCCCUGCCCUCCGGCCUGAAGACUCCGGUCACCCUGUUCCGCAUGGCCACGGCCUCCCCGCCCGGACGCCCGGGGCCCGACAGCCUGCGCUUUGGAAUCGUGGGAGGGAACGGCCGCGGCCACUUUGUCAUGCAGCGCUCGGACCGGCAGACGGGAGAACUGAUCCUGGUGCAGAGCCUCCGGGGGGCCCAGGUGCUCGAGGUGGACGUAGACAUGUCCGAGUACCUGGACCGCACGUUCCAGGCCAACCACAUGUCCAAGAUCACGGUGUUUGUGUCGCCCUACGACUUCUAG